AUGUACUCGCCUCUGCGUGCCCUGUUCCUGGUUCUCAACCUUCUCGGCUGGUCGACCCUGGUUUUUUUCGGCACUGCCUCUCUUGUCGCACCAGCUCGUGCUCUGCCCAUCGCCUUCCCUAUGAUCCACAACGCGGACUACGCGCCUGCCCCGAAUGCGUCGACCCCAGUCUUUGCUCAGCACGUGUCGCCCGGCUCCCCUAUGGUUCGAAGGGACGUCUUGGACUCUAUUGAGCAACUCGGAGCUGCUGGUGAGGCUAUCCAGCGCCGCGACAUCAACACCGUUCUCGGCGACAUCAACAUCCUGAACAAUUACUAUGUUCAGAUGACGCAGCAUGCCUCGAACUUCCAUCAAUUGGCGCAGGAGCCCGCCUCUAGUCGUUCCGCCAACUUUGAGCAACAAAGCGCAAACGAAGUGUCAGGAUUCCAUACCAACCUCUUGGGCUUCCAGAAUACUCUUGCUGAGCUCGGCGCCGACAAGGGUCUUGCCAACUAUGACCGCGACGACGACAUCGAGACCUUGAUGAAAGAUCUCGUCAAUGCUAACAAGUACCUCCUCAACGAUAUCGACGAGAUGGUGUACGACAUUCCCGGUCUUGGUCCAACGCUAGGUCCCAUUGUCUAUGAGAUCAAAUGCAUCCUCGAUGAGGUUCUCGACACGGUGGAGAACCUUACCGACGCGAUCAUCAACGCUAUAAAACCUCUCCUCCAAGGUCUCAUUGGCGACGCGUCUCAGACGGCUUGCAACUCUGGGAUCCAAUUGGCUGGUCUGUGCGUGUUAGUCUGAGACCGUAAAAAGUCGCCGCGUAGAUUUAGUCUUCGCGAUACGUGACGUCGGAUUGAUUUGUACGCAUGUGAUGCUUUGCACGAACACUGGCUGGUCCGUGUAACUGUACGAGACUCACACCUUCUGUCGAUAUGUAUGACUCCUCGCAUCGAACUGCAUUCCUAUUCCUGUUGAAUCAUCGAUUAUACUCUGGCAUUGGCCAGAACGUGGGGAAGACGGCGUGAUUGUGAGGAGG